CACCUUCAAUAUCAUUUCACCAGCGGAUAGACGGAUAAACCCUCCUCGCUCUCUCUCACUCUCUCUCCCCAAAUCUUAAACCCAAAAGCCCAACCUUACCGUCUCGAGCGAGCAUGGCUUCAGUAACGGCGGACCUAGCCACCACCUUCCUCACCCUAACCUAUCGCCACCGGACCCCACUCUCCCAGGUCCGAGCCACGGUCCUCCCCUUCCUACCAUCAGCCAGGACCUCCCAGUUCCGGCCCUCGCGCCUCAUCCCCACGUCUUCGUUUCACUCCAGAAUCAUCGCCGUCGAUUCCCCUAAGCCUAAAGUUAUCUCGCGCCGGCUCUCGGUUGCCGCAACCGCCACCACGACUCCCCACAGCGAAGGCUCCGAUGUCUCCACCAAGAUUCCGCCCGACGAUAGGGUUCCCGCCACUAUAAUUACCGGAUUCCUGGGUUCUGGAAAGACAACAUUGCUUAAUCAUAUCUUGACUGCGGAGCAUGGGAAGCGAAUUGCAGUCAUAGAGAAUGAGUAUGGGGAAGUAGACAUUGAUGGUUCUUUAGUAGCUGCAAAAACUACUGGGGCUGAAGAUAUUGUCAUGUUGAAUAAUGGCUGUCUUUGCUGCACUGUGAGGGGUGAUCUUGUGAGGAUGAUCGCUGAAUUGGUGAAUAAGAAGAAAGGAAAAUUCGAUCAUAUAGUAAUAGAGACUACAGGAUUGGCAAAUCCGGCACCUAUCAUCCAAACAUUUUAUGCUGAGGAUGAUGUUUUUAAUGACGUCAAGUUGGAUGGCGUUGUCACAUUGGUUGAUGCUAAACAUGUUGGCUUUCACCUGGAUGAAAUAAAGCCGAAAGGAGUGGUCAAUGAGGCCAUAGAACAAAUUGCUUACGCUGAUCGUAUCAUUGUGAAUAAGACUGAUCUUGUCGGCGAGCCAGAAAUUGCAUCUUUGGUCCAGAGAAUAAGGAAAAUAAAUCACAUGGCUGAUUUAAAGCGGACGGAGUUUGGAAAAGUUGGCUUGGAUUAUGUUCUUGGGAUUGGAGGAUUUGAUUUGGAGAGGAUUGAGAGUGUUGUCAAUGCUGAAGGUGCAAAGGAAGAUCAUGACCAUGAUCAUAACCAUGACCAUGGCCACCACAACCAUGAUAAUCAUGAUCACAACCAUAAGCACGAACAUCAUGAUCAUCACCACUCUCAUGAUCACAGUCAUGAUCCUGGCGUUUCUUCUGUCAGCAUAGUUUGUGAAGGGAGCUUAGACCUUGAAAAGGCUAACCUUUGGCUCGGUACAUUGUUAUUGGAACGCAGUGAGGACAUAUACCGGAUGAAAGGUCUUCUAUCUGUUGAGGGCAUGGACGAGAGAUUCGUUUUUCAGGGAGUCCAUGACAUAUUCCAAGGUUCACCUGAUCGGUUGUGGGGCCCAGACGAACCAAGGAUCAACAAGAUUGUGUUCAUAGGGAAGAAACUGGAUGCACAGGAAUUAGAAAAGGGUUUUAAAGCCUGUUUACUGUAAUACGAAGGAAGAUUUUAUCCAUUUUGUGUCUCUCCCACACAAGACUGACAAUGGUAUCAAACAUUAUGAAAGUGGCCUAAUGUUGCGUAUGGAAAUUAUGUGACUGUCACCGAUAAUUAUCAUAGAGAAAUUUAGUAUUUGACCCGCCGA